GAUCAAAAGACGGACAAGAUGACGUGGGAGGCGGCGCACGAACUCUUGAGCGUGAGCGUCUGCUCAAACGUUCCUGAAUACAUCGACCCAGAAUGUUUCGUGUCCGAAGGCGACCCGACAAAAGUGGCUGAAGCCUUGUUGAAUUUCCUACAGCAAAUCAGUCGUAAGGCGUACUCCCUUCUGUCGGAAAAAUUCCGCUGGGCGUUGGACAAGAUGGAAGGAAUUCGGCAAAGGGAUUUGGAGAAAGAGGAAGAGGAAGAAGAAGAAACGGAAGGAGAAUCUCCGAAAGACAUACUUGACAAGGCGAAGCGAAAAGAAAAACGCCGGAAAGAACAUUACAUGACCAAACUGAUGGAGGAACUGAACAAGUACAUGAGUCAGCUGGUGGUCCUUAGUUUCAACGGCGGGAAGUAUGACCUGAACGCCAUCAAAAAAGUGUUCCUCCCGCUGCUGCUGCGAUCGACCAGCAAACUCCGACCCAUCAAGAAGAACAACACGUACAUGUCGAUUGAAACGGACGACCUGAAAUUCCUGGAUCUCAUCAAUUAUGUGGCUCCGGGGUUCUCCUACUCGAUCCUGCUGAAGGCGUACGGCUGCCAGGAGACAAAGGGAUUCUUUCCGUACGAAUGGAUGGACAGCUUGGACAAGUUGGAGCACACGCGGCUGCCACCACGAGCCGCCUUCCAUAGCAACCUGCGACAGUCCGACAUCUCGGAGGAGGAUUAUCUGUACUGUCAGCGCGUGUGGGAAGAGCAGGGCAUGACGACCAUGAGGGACUUCUUGAUAUGGUACAACAACAAGGACGUUAGCCCCAUGGUGGAAGCCGUGCAGAAGAUGACAGAGUUCUACCAGGACAAGGGCAUCGACAUGUUUAAGGACGGCAUUAGCGUCCCCGGUCUAACACUUAAGUACCUUUUCAUGAACCUGCCGCGCGAUACUUACUUUACUGUCCCAGACAAUGAAGACGUGUACAGAUUGUAUAAAGACAACAUAGUGGGGGGACCCAGCAUCAUCUUUCAUAGGUACCACGAGAAGGGCAAGACCUACAUCAGGGCCGACGAGAUGACAUUGUUGGGCAAGGAACCGAAACCUUGUCAAAAGGUCAUUGGCUACGACGCGAAUGCGUUAUAUUUGUGGGCACUGAUGCAGGACAUGCCCUCCGGCCAUUACAUUCGGCGGCGGGAAGACACGGGGUUCGAAAGAGAAUAUUCCACACCUCAGUGGGGACGAAUGGCCGUCGAUUGGUUAGACUGGCUGGCCCAAGAGCGGAAUCUCGCCAUUCGCCACAAAUUCAAUAGCACAGAGAAGCGCAUCGGUUCACGUCGAAUUCCGGUGGACGGUUUCUGUUCGGCCACCGGGCAAAUCUUUCAGUUUCACGGCUGCUAUUGGCACGGUCACGCCUGCUCCUUGACCAGAGGCCAAGUCUUCAACGAUCGGCGCGGCAAGUCUUUCGCGACUUUGCGGGCGGAAACGGCCCAAACGACCGAGUACCUGCGAGCGUGUGGGUAUACGGUCACCGAAAUGUGGGAAUGUCAGUGGAGAAACUUGGUAAGAGCCGACGUCCGAUUGGCGUCUUUCUUGGAAGGCCGCAAGACUCCCACCGAAAAUCUUCCCGACAUGACCAGUGAACGCGUCCUCCAAGCUGUUCGCUCGAAGGAGUUGUUUGGCACGGUGGAAUGCGACAUUGAGGUCCCCGCGGAUCUCAAGUCGCGCUUCGCCGAAAUGCCUCCGAUAUUUAAGAACGUCGAGAUUUCCAUCGACGAUAUUGGCGAGCACAUGAAGUCGUACGCCAAGACGCAUCGCAUCAUGUCCAAGCCCAGGCGAUCGCUCAUCGGUAGUAUGUUCGGUCAAAAGAUUCUCUUGGCUUCGCCCUUGCUCAACUGGUAUCUCGACCACGGCUUGAAGGUCACUCGCAUCUACCAGGUGAUGGAGUACAGACCCAAGCCGAGUUUUAAAGCUUUCGGAGAUGCCGUUAGCGAUGCGAGGCGCAAGGGCGACGAGGACAAAGCCAAGAAGAUCAUCGCCGACACCAUGAAGCUGAUCGGUAAUUCGGGUUACGGCAAGACGGUCACCAACAAAGAAAAACAAACAGACGUCGAGUAUUGCCAAGACGUCGUGACCGCCACUCGAAAGAUCAACACUUUGCGGUUUCGGCAUCUGAUCGUGGUCAACGACGACAAUUUCUUUGAAGUUGAGUCGGCGAAGCGCACCAUCAAGUUUAACCUUCCCAUGCAAAUUGGCUUCUUCGUAUACCAAUACGCCAAAUUGCGUAUGCUUGCCUUUUACUACGACUUCAUGUUGAAGUUCGUGGACGUGUCCGAUUUCCAGUACUGUGAAAUGGACACGGACUCCGCUUAUAUCGCCAUCUCGGCGGACAAGCUGGAGGACGUGAUCAAACCCGACAUGCGGGAUUCGUACUUCCGCGAGAAAUCUGACUGGUUUCCCCGAACAGACACCAAGCAGAACGCGGCUUACGACAAGCGCACUCCCGGGCUGUUCAAAGAAGAAUGGUCCGGGAGCGGUAUAGUCGGUCUGUGCAGUAAAACGUAUUACUGUUUCGGCGGAGAUGACACGAAUGAGGACAAGUUCAGUUGCAAAGGGGUGAGCAAACGAUGUAACGACAUUAACCACCUCAAGUACCUGAACGUCUUGCAGACCAAGAAAAGCGGCCAGGGCAUCAACAAAGGGUUUCGCGUGCGCGAGAGCGAAAUACACACGUACACGCAAAUCCGCGAUGCCUUUUCGUAUUUCUAUCCAAAACGAAAGGUUAAGAAUGACAGGGUCACCACUCUCCCUCUCGAUAUUUAGAGAGGCUAGCGUGUCAU